AGAAAAUGUUUUCUUAGGGAUAGCAAAGAUUUAUUUACGCCAAUAAGCAAAAAAAAAACAAAAGCUGAUGCUUGUCGCACUUGUGUUCGUUGAGAGUCUUAGGCAUCAGGACGAACCCAAAUCUUCUUCUUCUUCUCGGAGCUGUAUAUAACAAUUCAAUCAUUUGAGCUAAUCUAAUAUCUUAGAUUUAAGUACGAAAACAGAGUAUUGUUUUAAGGAUUUUUAUAAAACUUCCAUUGCAAAUUGAAAGGACUUAGCUUCCAAAAGGAUUUUGUUUCAGGCAGUAAGUGGCAAUCUUUUUCAAGAUGAACAGCCAAAAUCCUGAUGAUCAUGAGGACACAACGGUUGUGGGAUUUGAGGUACCUCUAUCACCGGUUUCAAGUUACAACAAUGUGUAUUCUGCAGCAGAAGAUGAGACAAGAGAUCCUCCAGCUGUACCGCCACAUCUUCAACACUCUCAGUUAGGCAAUCCAGGUAGCAUGGAACUGGCUUCUGCGCCACAGAAUGUCAUCCUGAACCAUCUCUAUAUCGAAAACCGAAACUCCCCAAGAUCUGUUGUAGCACUUGGUUUCUCGCAUCGGUUCAGAUCUAAGUUUGUCACUGUGGUGAUUUACAAGCCAGUCCAAAGAAGAGGGAACGCCAGUGUUUGAAUGAUGAUAUGAUGAAUGCCUCCUUUGAAAUAGUGUUGGGAUCUUUUGCUGCUUUGUGGGUUUUUUAAUUUGGUCUACAAAACUAGCUGGUCUAGACUAAAUUUUCAUAUUCUCUUAACCGAUUCGGUUUAGACGGUUUCUAGGUUAUUUGAUUGAAAUCAUCUUGGUUCGAAGUUGAUACUGCAUUUUUUAGGGCCAAAAAAAGCUGAUGGACUUGGGCAUUGUAUGUUUGUAAUAACUCCCUUAGAUUGGGUUGGUCAACUGAGGUCAUGUAUCUCUUAUUGAAGCUGUGUAGUAUUCAGUUAGUGUUUACUCAUAUAUAAAUGUUCCAUAA